CAGCGCAGUACACACAGUCCAUUGAGUGGAGCAGAAGCAUCACAAGCAUCACAGCGGUGAAUUCCAUGGAAACAGACUGGCUGAUGCUGACUUUUUGCUCAAACAGUGAGUGGGAAACCUUUGACAGAAAAAGGAUGAGUUAGCAGCCUGUGAAUGCACUGUUGGAAUGGAAGCCUGAUGUAGUGAAUCAGCAUCAAUUACACAACAACAUCAUCUAGAAGUGGAGUGAACCUUACCUGCCUAGAUCUGAGCAGAACCUCAGGGUUCUUCAACUCCUGACGAUCAUGAGGCGUGCCAAACAUCCUAUCUGCAUGGUGGUGCUUGGGAGCCUAGUAUCUGUCAUUUGGGGCUGGCCAUUCGGACCUCACCUCGACAUGGAUGUCACCCCCAGGACAACAGUGCACAUCAGUGGGCUGCUGGGAUGUAAUCGUUUUCGUGGGGCUGUGGUGAACUACAGUUCUAUGCUGCUGGAGGAUGGCUUGGGGUUUCUGUAUGUCGGGGCCAGAGAAGCCAUUUAUAAAAUGGACGCCACUAAUAUUUCACACAAUAGCACACUUUCGUUGGAAUGGGUGGCGUCUGCUGAACAGAAGAGACAGUGUCUGAGCAAAGGGAAGAACAAUCAGACCGAAUGUUACAAUCAUGUGCGUUUCCUGGACCGAUACAAUGACACUCACCUGUACACCUGUGGAACUCACGCCUUCAGACCUCGCUGCGCUUAUAUAGACGUGGCACAAUUCACGUUUGCACGUUUUGAGGAGGGAAAAGAGAAAUGUCCUUAUGAUCCUACAAAAGGCUACACUGGAUUUAUAAUUGAUGGCGAGAUGUAUUCUGCCUCCCAGUAUGAGUUUCGUAGCAUCGCGGAUAUCAGACGCAACUUUCCUUUUCCCAACUUAAGAACAGAUGAUUCCCCAUCAAGAUGGCUGCUGGAGGCGGAUUUUGUUGGCUCAGCGUUUUUGAGAGAGAGCGUCAACAGCUCUAUCGGGGAUGAUGACAAACUCUAUUUCUUCUUUACUGAGAGGAACGUGGAACCAACCGCUUACUCCAGCCAGACCAGAGUGGCCCGGGUGGCCCGUGUGUGUAAGGGUGAUAUUGGAGGUCAAAGGACUCUACAGAGGAAAUGGACGUCCUUUUUGAAGGCCAGGCUGGUGUGUUCCAUUCCUGAAUAUGAGCUUCAGCUAAACGUCCUACGCAGCAUUCAUGUCAUCGAGGGGGCCGAUGUGCAAGACACCAUCUUUUAUGGCGUUUUCGGACUUGAAUGGAGAAAUGUUAAAAUGUCUGCAGUCUGUCAGUAUUCCAUCAGAGAUGUCCAGACAGCUUUUGACGGACCUUACAUGGAGCUACAGGACUCUAAAUGGAGAGAAUACACUGGGAAAGUUCCAGAUCCAAGACCUGGUUCGUGUAUAACCGACCAGCAUCGAGCUCUGCUCAUAAAUUCCUCAAGGGAUCUUCCUGACAACGUAUUGAAUUUUGCUCGAAGAUACCCUUUAAUGGCCAUUCAAAUCCAGCCGGUUGGAGGACGACCCCUUCUGCUCCAGAGGAGUUUGGAUUACACCAAGAUGACCGUACAUCAGGUUACGGGUUUGGAUGGACACGUGUAUGACAUGCUCUUCAUUGGAACAGAUGAUGGCUGGUUACACAGGGCCGUAAAGAUCAGAGGCCGUAUGCACAUUAUUGAGGAGAUUCAGCUGUUCAGGGAGAAACAACCAAUCAACAACCUGGUUAUAUCACAAAAACAGGAAAGCAUCUACGUAAGUGCCAAUUCUGGACUGGUGCAGGUACCGCUGUCAUCCUGCGAGCGGUACACUUCCUGUUAUGACUGUGUGUUUGCACGAGACCCACUCUGUGCAUGGGAUGGAAGACUAUGUGUUGAGAUAUCAUCCUACCCUAACAGGUCCAGGCUUAUCCAGGAUGUACAGAUGGGAAGCAGAGGCUGUACAAAUAUUACAAGCGAUGGUUUCGUCACACACCACACACGUGUGGUUAUGGCAGGAGAUGAUGUUCUCUUGCAGUGUGAGAUUCAUUCUAACCUGGCCUCUCCUCGUUGGACACUGAACGGUCAGCAGCUACAAGGAUACGCCGUGGAUUUUGGCUUCCGCACUGGCAACGACGGCCUCCUCAUCAUCGGUGCCCAGAUUCAGCAAAGCGGACACUACCGCUGCUACGCAGUAGAAAACAACGUCUGGGUUCCUGUUCGCAGCUACGUGGUGAGAGUCCAACCGGUGUCUCCCCCUUCAUCACAUACGUCUCCAAACCCAACGGCUCUUCCCGAGAGUUUCUUCACCACUGCAACCGCACCGACUCUGAGCCCUUCCGGCGGUCCCGUUGAGCAGCUCCUAUCCCCCCCACCUGCCCCACUGCCCUCCGGACCAGAAUUUCAGACCUUCAGGCACAUGGAAGCUAUGUACAUCUCUCUGGUGGCUGUUCUCGGUGGGCUUUGUCUAGUUCUGACAGUGGUCCUGCUGUAUGUCAGCUUCUGCGCGCGGAGCGUUCCAAAUGUCAGAAAGUACUCCCGCCAGGAGUUUUCAGUAACCAUGGCAACCGAAAGAAAAAGGAGCUCGCACUUCGAGCUCAAGACAGUUUCGAGUCAUUGCAAUGGGAGAAUAGAGGGACGGAGUAGAGCCAUGUCACAAGAUGGGGAGUUUCUACAGAUCAUUUCAGCAGACGUCCAGUCUUCGCCAUGUAAAGAUCCUCCACCCGCGCCACCUCUCCCGAUGCCUCCACCCCUGCCGUCCACAGAGUAUGCCAACGGACUGUCGGCCACGCUGCCCAGCAUGCUGAGAAAGAUGAACGGGAACAGCUACAUGCUCCUGACUCAGACUGACUCGGGGAUGACGUCUCCGCUGUACCACUCAUUUACAGAGGAGCUCAACAAGAUCCUCGAAAAAAGAAAGCAUACACAGGACAUCCAACCAGAUGAGAGCUCAGUGUAGACCCAUCUCAAGUCAUAACUGUAUCGCCCCCUUGUGGUGGGAAGUUUAACUUUGUAUAAAGAACCACCAUUCCAACACAGUGAGUUUUGUGUUUUGGUAGGGUUCUUCGUUGUAUCCCUGCGAGCAUCUACAGCUUACCGAGAACAGUCAGAUUUGGAAUCGUCUCCUGUGUACAAUAUUAUUUAUCAAAGACAAAUGUAUUUCUGGCGUAGGCUACUGACUGAUACAGACCAAGGUACAGCUAUUGACUGCUUGACUGGCGACUAUUAAAAAUGCAAGCUGUGCAAAGUUUGCAGAGUUUGAAGACACAGCAAGAAUAAUUUUAUGGUUGGGAUCUUUAGUUUUAAAGAUAUUUUAAAGAGUUAAUGACUGCCCAAAGACUGUCUAGACAAUGCAGAGCUUAUUUGUGUAAAAUCAAGGCUGUAUUGCUCAAAUCCAGAGAUGUUUACAGAGAUUUUUUGCAUAAUUGCACCUAAUGUAAAUAACAAUCAUUUUGAUAUCGAAGUUCAUGGAAAGAAUAAUGUGGUUCUCAACUGGUGGCCCAUGACUGAGAUGCACCUCAGUUUUAUAACUGCAUUCAAGUAAUCCUAUACUCUCUCUUUUUCCACGGCUGCAUAUACUGUAUAUAUAUAUAUAUAUACUGUAUAUAUUUACACACACGCACACACUACCAUUCAAAGGUUUAGGAUCACUUGUAUUUGAAAUGUAUUUUUGUAAACUGAAAUAUAAUUAUACAAACAUAAUGGGGUGGUUUCCCAGACAGGGAUUAUUUUAAACCAGGACUGGAUCCAAGUUAAAUGAGGACAUUUAAGUAGUUUUUUACAAACAUGUCUAACAAAAAACAUUACUUGUGUGCAUUUUGAGACAACACAAUGGCACUGAUGUAUUUUAAUGUAAGCCAGUGCAAGUUGUUUUCAGUCUAGACAGCUCUAAAAUUUAUUUUAGUCUAGUAUUAAUCCCUGUUCGGGAACAGCCCCUAAUAACUUAUUUUUAUUUGAUAAAAAAAGUUUUGGAAAUGGAUCAUUUGGACUAAAUAAGCCAUUAGGAGCCCAGCAUAGAUGGGAGAUUUCUAUUGUUCACAAACUGUAUUAGGCAGAUGCCAACAUGGAUAUGAAAUACUUGCAACAAGUUUAUUAUUAUUAUUUAUUUGUUGCUAAGACCAUAAAACUAUUACAUUUAACUGUUUAAAUAACCAAUUUUUAUGUUUUCUACAAUAAACGAUGUUGGGUCACCAUUUCAUGUGCGAUAUCUGAUCUUGGUCUUUUAAGGCAAAACUGGCUGAGAACCACUGAAAUGCCACAAGUAUGUAAAACACUGUUUUGCUCAAACAUGCAUUAAGAUUUGUUAAGAUUCAGCUCAUGCUUCAUUGACAUCUACAGACAGAUGGUCAUUUUGUGCUGCAUAAAUCUGUGCCCUUUUCAAGAAUGACUCAUGUUUCUUUCCAGCGAUGUGUCAAAUGAAUGGAUAUCCGAAUGGAAGAAUUACUUACGCUUCUUCUUUCUAAUGCUGUCUUAAUGCUGCUUGACUUUGACAACAUAUAUCUUUUUUAGUUAAAACGAUGCCAACAAAGAAAAGUGCCAUCUAAAAUGCAAGAAUCAUUAUUACAUUGAUGUAUAAGUGGCAGUUGUGAUGCAAUCACAACAUUUCAUUCAGCUUCAGUUCUUUUCCUGCAUUUAAAUGCAUGACAAUGUGCCUGACUUUAAAACAGCACUCAUAUAUGUAUUUUUAUGUAUAUGGUUGCAUGUUUGAAUUCUGUAGUGUGUGUUGUGUUUCGCACUGGUUAAACAGUGUUAAGCAGGGAUGAUGCCCAAAUGUUGAGUCAGCACUUGUGUCUCCCCGGUGGGUUUUCCAGCUCAUGCUGGUCUAUUUAUCAGCGCUGACAGGAAAAGCAGUGCCUGGCGAGAUCUCCGUCAAGAUGUAGAGAGGGCUGCGAAGGCUUAACACAGCUGAGUUUAGAAAGAGACACAUAAUCUGCUGUGUUUGGCCAGUGAGCGGUGAAGCUAACACAGCUGCUGUCAUACUGACUCAUUACAGUCCACUCAGUUUAAUACUUUUCUCUGUUAUUUUUCAUUUCUGUAGCAUUUAGGAAUUCAUUUUUCCACACAUUUGUGAUUGUAUCCAUCUCUGUUGAUCUUUCUAUAAACCUAGUCAGUGCCUGUUAAAAAUGCAUUUGGGUUAAAUUAUACAACAUCCUCGAAAUCAACAUGAAACGCUGUUAGCAACAUGAGAUUCAACAAGAAAUAUCUAGACUAUUAUGGAGAUAAAAGAGAAAUUAUGAAGAUAAACAUUUUGUUCUUUGGAGCAACAUGCACUGAUGAAUCAUUUGUAAAACAACCAGGAACAUGUUUUAGGAAAGGAUACGUUUAAAUUUCUUAUUGACUUUAAGUGAUGUAUGUCUACUAGUUCUGUUCAUAAACUGUGACUCAUAAAUGUUUAGAUAUUAGUACGGCUUUUAUUGUUUGUGAAUAUACACUGCCUUCCCUGUAAUCUCACAGAACCUUUUGCACUUUUUUGCCAUUUCCCCCAAAGUUUUUGCUAUGCUAUGUAACUCACAGGGUAUUAGGGUACCUGUUGUUGAUAUUUUAAAGUGUACAUUUACUAAACAAUAUUUGAAGUUUACAACCUAUUAAAGUAUUUAUUGUUGUUACUGUUUCUUUAUCUUAAGACUAAUUUUCAAUCACAGUUGCAGAUUUUAACCAGAUUCCCAUCUAAAUCAGGCCUGUUCAUAUAUCCCCUAUGUACCCGUUACUUAGCAACAAAAAUCUUAAUUUAGAACUUUCCUUAAUCCCCAUAAUAGGUCAAGCUAGUUUUCACUGGGGACAAAAAAUGUGAUCAGAGCACUUGUCUCAUCUGCUUGUAAUAAUUGGGACAUAUUAAUAAAUAUACUUUUCUUUCGUGAACUUAUUCAUUAUAACAUGUCCUACAUUGAUUAGAUGCUUAGCCUUCGGUUAUUCUGCCUGGUUACUGUCACGCAACCAUUGAUUCAUCUCCCUGGAAACCUGGUUGGGUUCUACUGCUGUAGCUGUGACAACA